CCCCCCCCCCCUCUGCCCCCUGCCGAGACUCUCUCUCUCUCUCUCUCUCUCUCUCUGUGUUUAUAUUCGGGUUUUGUUAGGGUUUUUCUCAGUUUCUAAGCCGGCUUCCCCUUCCAGAUAUAGACACCAAUUUAGGAGUCCCAAGCCCUUAGGUCCGUUGCUUUCUGGGAGAAAUGCCUGGGAAGGAGGACAGCUCCGACAAGGAGAAGCACUUGGAGCUGUUUCUGAAGAUCGGAUUGGACGAGCGAACUGCGCGAAACACCGUCGCCAACAACAAGGUUACGGCCAAUCUGGUUUCUGUGAUUCAUGAGGCUGAUGUCACCGAUGGAUGCAGUCGGACCGUCGGAAAUCUGCUAUACACGGUUGCUACAAAAUAUCCAGCAAACGCCCUUGUGCAUCGCCCAACCUUGCUGGAAUACAUUGUUUCCUUGAAGAUUAAAACCACAGCCCAGUUAGACUCGGCGCUUUCAUUUUUUGCAUCUACUGCUUCAGAUGAUUUUAAGUUGAAUGAAUUUGAAGAAGCAUGUGGUGUUGGUGUUGAGGUUUCAGUAGAAGAAAUUGAGCAAACUGUUAGUGAGGUUUUUGAAGAGAAUAAGAAUGUGAUUUUGGAGCAACGAUAUCGAACAAAUGUGGGUGAAUUAUUAGGUCACAUUCGGAAGAGGCGCCCAUGGGCUGAUCUGAAGAUUGUCAAGCAAUUCGUUGAUAAAAAGUUGUAUGACAUACUUGGUGAAAGGACGGCAGCUGAUGAUGAAAAGACUUCCAAGAAGAAGAAGGAUAAGCCUGAUAAAAUAGAGGUCAAAGCCAUUGCUGUUGUUACUCCAGAACAGCCAUCUGAAGAGGAGCUUAAUCCGUUUUUGAUAUUUCCUCAACCAGGGGAGAAUUUCAAGGUGCAUACUGAAGUAUUUUUCAGUGAUGGUUCUGUCCUGAGGUGUUGUAAUACAAAGGAACUGCUUGAAAAACACUUGAAAGCAACCGGAGGAAAAGUUUUAACCCGCUUUCCUCCUGAACCAAAUGGGUAUUUGCAUAUUGGUCAUGCUAAGGCGAUGUUUAUUGACUUUGGCCUAGCAAAAGAGAGAGGUGGAGGAUGCUACCUUAGGUAUGAUGACACAAAUCCUCAAGCUGAAAAGAAAGAGUAUAUUGAUCAUAUCGAAGAAAUUGUCCAGUGGAUGGGCUGGGAGCCCUUAAAGAUCACUUACACCAGUGAUUACUUCCAAGAUUUGUAUGAUUUAGCUGUGGAGCUCAUACGCCGUGGUCAUGCAUACGUUGAUCAUCAGACCCCUGAUGAGAUAAAGGAGUACAGAGAGAAAAAGAUGAACAGUCCUUGGAGGGACAGACCGGUUGCAGAAUCAUUGAAACUUUUUGAUGAUAUGAGAAAAGGACUUAUUGAAGAAGGGAAAGCAACACUGAGGAUGAAGCAAGACAUGCAGAGUGAUAAUUAUAAUAUGUAUGAUCUUAUUGCUUAUCGUAUCAAGUUUACUCCUCAUCCACAUGCUGGAGAUAAGUGGUGCAUCUAUCCCAGUUAUGAUUAUGCUCACUGCAUUGUGGAUUCUCUUGAGAAUAUUACACACUCGCUUUGUACACUUGAAUUUGAGACACGCCGUGCUUCAUACUAUUGGUUAUUACAUGCACUGGGCCUUUACCAACCAUAUGUAUGGGAAUAUUCACGACUUAAUGUUACUAACACGGUGAUGUCUAAGCGCAAGCUAAAUUGGUUGGUAACAGAAAAGUGGGUUGAUGGUUGGGAUGAUCCUCGCCUUAUGACACUAGCCGGUUUGCGUCGUAGGGGUGUGACUUCAACUUCAAUCAAUGCUUUUGUUCGAGGAGUUGGGAUCACUAGAAGUGAUAAUAGUACAAUAAAUUUGGAUCGCCUUGAGUAUCACAUAAGAGAAGAACUAAACAAAACAGUGCCUCGUGUAAUGGUCGUGCUACAUCCGCUGAAGGUUGUUAUCACCAACCUAGAAGCUGGCUCGAUAAUAGAUCUUGAUGCAAAGAAAUGGCCUGAAGCUCAAUCAGAUGAUGCAUCCUCUUUUUACAAGGUCCCAUUUUGCAAUAUUGUGUACAUUGAACAUUCUGACUUCCGUAUGAAAGAUUCCAAGGAUUACUAUGGGCUUGCUCCUGGUAAAUCUGUCCUGCUCAGAUAUGCAUUUCCCAUAAAGUGCACUGAUGUUAUCCUAGCUGAUGAUAAAGAAACUGUUCUUGAGAUCCGGGCAGAGUAUGACCCUUCCAAGAAGACAAAGCCAAAGGGUGUUCUUCAUUGGGUGGCUGAACCUUCCCCCGGGGUUGAUCCACUCAGGGUGGAAGUCAGAUUGUUUGACAAAUUGUUCCGUUCAGAGAAUCCAGCUGAACUUGAUGAUUGGCUUGCUGAUCUGAACCCUCAGUCCAAAGUGUUGAUUCCCAGUGCAUAUGCUGUACCCUUCCUGCAGAAUGCUGCAAUUGGGGACAGAUUUCAGUUUGAAAGGCUUGGUUAUUUUGUGGUUGAUAGAGACUCCACUCCUGAAAAGCUUGUCUUCAAUAGAACAGUCACGCUAAGAGAUAGCUAUGGGAAGGGUGGGAAGUGAGUUUCUGACCAUGGAAACCGCAAGUAAAAUGAACUUUGGCAGGUUCGAGCUACUAACUUGCGAGUAUUUUGUGUAGGUCAUGUAAGGUUUUUUUUUUUAUAAAAUAACACAAAUUAUUCAUUGCAAUCUACUUUUUCAUGGACACUACAACUACAUUUAAAAUUGUGUAUGCUCAACUUUAUUUCACGUGUUGUAUUGGGGAAAAUCUAUUCAAAAUCAGUUAGAUUUCUUUUA